AUGUGGAUCGUCUCGUUCUGGGUCUUCCCGGUCAUCUCGGCCUGUAUGUGGCUCGCAAUGUUGAUUGCGAUGAUAUCGACAUGGGCAGCCAAGGGAAAGCCGCAUUACAGUAAUAUGCCAGCGAGGCGUACCAUUCCAUACAUCUCAGAUAUCGGCGCAACGGGAAUACAGCCCCUUUUCAUAGCAGGCAGCGCCGUCACAGUCGUUUUCUUGGAUCUUUCCUUCUUAGCGGAGCGAUGGCUACGGCAUUCGGGACAGCUCUUGCGAAACAAAGGACGGUUUGAUAAGGCGUGCUCGAUCAUCUCCAUUAUCUUCUCCUUUCUUGGGGCUGCAGGGUUGAUUCUGCUGUCGAUCUUCAAUGACGUUGAUUACGACGAGGUACAUGAUUCCAUGUUGGGUCUUUUCAUUGGUGGAUACUUGAUCAGUGCUAUAUUCAUCUGUCUGGAAUAUUUGCGACUGGGUGUUGCGUACCGCAAACAACACCGCGUUCUCUUCGUGAGCUUUUGGAUCAAGCUUUUGUUCAUUGUCAUCGAACUUGGUCUGGCGAUCAGCUUUGGAGUCUUGAGUCGAAGGACCCCAGGCGGAACUGAUGCCGCUGCCGUUCUUGAAUGGGUCAUUGCGUUCGUCUUUACAUUCUACGUUCUCUCAUUCAUCAUCGACCUGCUGCCAUCCGUACGCACUCGGCGUCACAUCCCACAGGGCGAGAGGGCACUCCACAUGAACCGGCUGAGCACCAGCUCCGGACCACAACAUGAAGUCACCUACGAAGAGCCGGUAACUACGGAUUCCAUGGGCGAUCGAGGAAACACGUACCGUGGUGUGGUCCUGCCUCGAGACUUUUAA